GAUGGAAGAGGCGCAGUCGCACCCCAGUGUACUUUUCCUGAAUGUGGCCUCAAGUUACAUACCCCACACCAAGGUGGAGUGCCACUACAAUCUGCCACCUGGCAUGAAGCCAUCGACCAGAGAUUGGAUUGGGAUCUUUAAGGUGGAUGCUUCUUCAGUACGUGACUAUUAUACCUUUGUGUGGGGCAUAAUGCCAGAUGGUGGAGCUUCUGAAGGAACCUUUCAUUGCAGUGUCCAGUUCCAAGCCAGCUACUUGCCUAAGCCAGGUCCACAGCAAUAUCACUUUCGUUAUGUGGAUCGCCAUGGGGAGAUGCGUGGCCAAAGUUCUCCUUUCCAGUUCAGCGAACCCCGUCCCAUGGAUGAGCUCGUCACUCUAGAGGAGGCCAGCGAUGACGGAGGAGGAACGGACAUGCUGCUGGUAGUUCCCAAGGCCACUGUACUGGAGCUUGUAGAGGUUCCUUCUUGUCUUUGGGUGAAAGACACAGUGAAGUCACUUCUGAGGGAGCAGGAACACAUCCACCAUCAGCUCAAAGAAGAGAAUGCUGAGAAAGAGCAGUACCAGGUCAAGCUGCAGGCUUCCAAGGAGGAGAGCCGUAGCCUGGCCUCCGACUUGCAAGAAGCCAAGAGUCGUCAUGGUGAGAAAAUCUCCCAGGCUCUCAUGCUGCAGGAGGAUAUUCAGAAGUUGCAGCAGAAGCUGGCCGCGGCUAACUGCCGCACAGCACAGAUGGAGUCCUUGUGCGAACAGUUACGCACCACACAGGACAUCCUGGCUGCCAGUCAGCAGAAAGUGGCACUCUUAGGGGAAGAGCUAGCCAGCGUGGCCUCCAUCCGAGACCGCACAAUCUCUGACCUCCACAAGAGCCGCCUUGAGGCGGCUGAGAUCAACAUCAAGCUGGCUGACAUGACCCUCAAGUGGAAAGAAGGCAAAGGCCACUGGUGGAAGGAGAAAGCCAUGCUGCUGCAGAAUGUAGAGGUAGAGAAAGAUAAGAUCCUGAAGCUGAGUGCUGAGGUUCUCCGUCUUGAAAACAGCUUGCAGGAAGAACGGGCACAGCGCCAGGUGUUACGUAUGGAGCUGGCACAGGAACGGGAUGCCAGUCUGGUUCAAGUCUCCGAGAGCCGCCGGGAGCUACGGGAGCUGCGCGCUGCCUUGCAGGUUGCCCAGAAGGAGAAAGAGCAACUGCAGGACGAAAAACAGGAGUUGCUGGUGUACAUACGCCGCCUUGAAGAACGUUUGGAGAAAGUGGCAGAUGAGAAAUGGAGUGAAUCAGUUCUGAUUGAUGAUGAAGAGGAAAGAGCUCUGGAUACUCCUGGCUCCCUGGACUCCCCGUUGUCUGAUUCCGAGGACGAAUGCCCCGAGGACAUGCGCCUGCCUGCUCAGCUCAGUUCUUACAGCCUGUGUGACACCCGGGCAGUGACCACCACGCCUCCCUGUGCCCAUGGGCCAUCUCACACAGUGGUGAUCAGCCAGCCUGCUCCUAUUGCUAGUCAGAUCAAACAGCCGCCCGAGGAUUCCAGUUCUGACUCGGAAGCCGAAGAUGAGAAGGUUGUUCUGAUGGCAGCUGCCCAGAGUGGUGGUGAAGAAACCAAUCUACUCCUUCCAGAGCUUGGCAAUGGCUUCUGUGAAAUGGCCAGUGGGCUGACAGGGCGGCAGAUGUCGGAAUCAUCCGGAAUGGGUGCAUCUCCCUUGGACCUGCCCUCUCCAGGCUUUUGGAAGGAGUGUCCCAUUUGCCACGAGCGCUUCCCGCCUGAGAGUGACAAGGAAACUGUUGACACGCAUGUUGACGGGCACUUCUUUUUCAGCACCCAUGACCCCUUUACUUUUGAAUAAGCUUCUUGUCCCCAUCACCAC